GGGACACCUGGGAGCAGCUGCAGCUGCAGCAUCAGGAGAAAGGUAACCACAGGCCGCGGAUGUGACAGUGCGGAAAAGUGCCUCAUUGUCCCACCACUUCACCAGCUGGCUGCAAAUAGACCCUCCUCCAGGGACUUCCAACCUCUGCCCACUUGCGCACUGGCGGCGCCCCUUGGGUUGGUUGGUUACUCUGACGUUCAGUUUACUUAUCUGUAAAUUGAGACUGAGACUGUCUUUAAGCAGCUUAACAUGGGGAGAGAGGACGCGGGCAAGCAAUAAAUACCGAAGUAGACAUAACCAUAAACUCACAGGUAAGUGCUGGCAAGAGCAGAGAUAGAGAAGGAAGGGCGCAGGUAAACUUCUGAAAUCAGAAAAGGCCCGGCUGAAUAAAGAUAACCAAUGCAGCCAGAAUGACAAGCAAAAGCCAAAAAUCGAAGAUUUAGGGGGAAGAGUGGGCCAGGGAGUCCGAUCAGCAACUGCCAACUCCAAAAGUUCUGACAAAGGAAUGGAAAGAGGCCAGUACUGUCUUGGUGAGGGCAUAAGGUGUCAAGACAUUAUGAGUUGUGCUAAGACCUGUCAAGAAAGGCUGUAGGGAGGAGUCAAUAAACAGUUGUAAAGGGCAUCUGAUAAAUGACGUGGCUGCUUUAAAAGUGGCCAUAAUAAUUGUUUUUGUAUUCCAUGCUAGCACAUCGCCAGGGGCUUUAAGUACCUUCAUUAUGCCAAUCAUGUAAUUUAAUUUACUACCUGGAAACCCUGUUGGUCAUGUGACACUGUCCACUGGAGAAAGGCUCAGGUCACGCCCCUGAAAAUGGGAGUCACCUUCAGAUGGUGAAAACCAAGGGUAUUGUACCACACUCCCAUCUGAACAGGCAGGCACAGGUGGAAAGUGUCAUUUUGCAGUCUCUCUGGGGCACUCCUCAGAUGUGUGUUGGAAGGCUGGCUUGUUCUCUCUAGGUCUCAGUUUCUCAAUCUGGGACUAGUGGGAAGAUUAAAGGGGAUAAUCUGUGGUAGGGUACCUGGCACAGAAGAACGGCCCAGCAAACAUGAACUGUUGUUAUUUGUCAGUGUCUUUAUCUUCCUCCCUUCCUAGGGGGGGAUAUGUUCCCCCCCUACCUGGUCCUCCAUCCUUAGACUUGAAAGACUCCGUCCUUGGUCCGUGGGGAAAGUGGCGCUGUUUCUGCGACCUGGGCAAGCAGGAGCGCAGCCGCGAGGUGGUGGGCACAGCGCCCGGCCCGGUGUUCAUGGACAGCGAGAAUCUAGUGCAGGUGCGGCCCUGCAGGCAACGGGAUUGUUCAUCCUGCGAGCCGAAAGACUGCGACUGGAGGCCCUGAGCCCAGCCCCGGAGGUGUCCAGAGACACCAGGGCGGAGCUUGGAAAGCGACCCGCCCACCCUGUUUCCCAAACCCAGGGAACACUGGUCAACCUCGGGAACUACAAUUCCCAGGAAGCCACACGGCAGCGGUGUCGGCGUCGGCUGCACAAACGUCACCGGCGGCGGGAGCGUUGGGGGCGUGUCCUGGACGACAAUUGGUCGAGAGCUAGUACCGCUUCGGGGCCUGCGGAAAAGGGGCGCCAAGAACUUUCCUUGCAGACUUCAUUCCUGCGGCUGGUGGCGGCAGCCGAGACGUCAUGGAUCUCAGCGAGCUGGAAAGAGACAAUACGGGCCGCUGUCGCCUGAACUCGCCUGUGCCCGCUGUGUGCCUCAAGGAACCCUGCGUCCUGGGCGUCGAUGAAGCGGGCCGGGGCCCGGUGCUGGGCCCCAUGGUCUAUGCCAUAUGCUAUUGCCCUCUGUCCCGCCUGGCAGAUCUGGAGGCCCUGAAAGUGGCAGAUUCAAAGACCCUGUCAGAGAGCGAGCGGGACAGGCUCUUUGCGAAAAUGGAGGAGGACGGAGACUUUGUGGGCUGGGCAUUGGACGUGCUAUCUCCAAAUCUCAUCUCUACCAGCAUGCUUGGGCGGGUUAAAUACAAUCUGAACUCUCUGUCCCAUGAUACAGCCACUGGGCUGGUGCAGUAUGCAUUGGACCAGGGUGUGAAAGUGGCCCAGGUGUUUGUGGACACUGUGGGGCUCCCAGAGACAUACCAGGAGCGGUUGCAGCAGCGCUUUCCUGACAUUGAGGUGACAGUCAAGGCCAAGGCAGAUGCCCUCUACCCUGUGGUCAGCGCUGCCAGUAUCUGUGCCAAGGUGGCUCGAGACCAGGCUGUGAGGAAUUGGCAGUUUGUGGAGAAACUACAGGACCUGGACACUGAUUAUGGCUCAGGCUACCCCAAUGAUCCCAAGACCAAAGCUUGGUUGAGGAAGCACGUGGACCCUGUGUUCGGCUUCCCCCAGUUUGUCCGGUUCAGUUGGCGCACAGCCCAGAGCAUCCUGGAGAAGGAGGCAGAAGAUGUUACAUGGCUUGCUGAGCAACUGGAAGUUCUCAGAACCUGAAAUCUUCAGGCCUGCUUGAAAUGUCCUUCACUGUGGCCUGAUCAUCUGCCUCAUUCUUCCAUGAAUGCCUGUUUAUCCUCCUGCUCACAUUAACACAGCACAUAGACAACAUCAUCAACAACAGCGAUCACGGAUGACUUCUUCAUUUAUUGAGUGUUAAUUACAUGUCAAGCACUUUCCAAGCA